UUCUCUCCUGGUGACAUGGUCGAACUCCAGGUGUCCUUCUCUGAGCAAACCUUGGACGGCAUGGGCUGUACCUCUCUUGGGAGUGCCCAUGGAGUCGAGGGAGAAUACUCAAACAGAGAAGCAAUAAAGAAACUCCAUACUGCCACUGCAUCUCAUUAUGUGCCAUGCUCAGUCAGAGAGCCACUCAGCCAGCAUGGAGUGGUUCUCAGCUCCCCUUCGAUGCUGAGGCAGGUGGAGGUCAUUUUGCAGCAGCCAGAAGCAUCAAGACCAGGGAGGGGCAUCCUGAGUGUGGGUGGCCCCUGGGUCAGUGGAAGUGUUGGAUCCCAAAGUGAAGGAGAAGAAGGAGGAGGGCACUGUGAGGGAGCUCCUGGGACUUUCAGCGUCUCAUUUGGAAUUCCCUCAGAAGAGGAAACACCAGCAGAGGAGCAAGGCUCAGAAUCUGAGGGGGAUCAAGACAAACCCAACAAACACCGGGCAAAGCACGCUAGGCUCAGGCGUAGCGAGAGUCUGUCGGAGAAGCAGGUGAAGGAGGCCAAGUCCAAAUGUAAACGUAUUGCUCUUCUUCUCACUGCUGCGCCACCCAACCCCAACAACAAGGGGGUGUUGAUGUUCAAGAAACAUCGGCAAAGGGCCAAGAAAUACACACUUGUCAGCUACGGCACAGGAGAGGACGAACCAGAGUUCAGUGACGAAGAGGACGAGGAGAACCAAGAGGACAGAGAAGGAACCCAUGCUGUUGAAUUUACCCUUGUGGCUUCAAACGACUCUGAAGUAGAUAAGCAUUUCCUCACAAAUGCCCAUAGCAGCAAAGGUGUGCUAACCAUCAACUGGGACAAGGGUCUCCUUGAGAUUGAGCGGAACCUGAACAACAAAGCAGAGAUGGAAUGUUUACCUGAUACCAAAGGAAAGGGUGCCGUAAUGUUUGCUCAGCGGCGCCUAAGGAUGGAUGAGAUUUCUGCUGAACAUGAAGAGCUUAGACGCCAGGGGAUUCCUGUGGAGGCAAUUCAGGAAGCUGAAAAGAAAAUGGAACACUCGUACAUGCAGUCCACAACAGAGGAUCACGCAUACAUGGAUGUGAAUAUACACCAACAAAGCCAACACCAACAACAGUACCAGCAAUAUCAAGAACAGCAGUACUAUGAGCAACAACAGCAGUACCAACAGCAGCAGCAAUACCAACAACAGUAUCAGCAGCAGCAAUAUGAACAACAGCAGUAUCAACAACAGCAAAUGUAUCAACAACAACAAGAAUAUCAUCAAGAGCAACAGCAAGUUCAGUCGUAUUCUGCAAACAUCAAUGGCACAGUCCAUCAUCAAACCAGUGAAUUACAGAGUACUUUCAACAAUCGUACUGCAAAGCCUUUUUCAGCACAAAAUAUGGUGGUUGCCCCUUAUUCUCCCGCAAUAAGUGGAACCAAUCAAGAUUCUAUGGGCCAAGGAGAGCAGAUAGCUUCCCGUGAUGAGCGCAUUUCUACCCCUGCAAGUAAGACAGGCUUUUUGCAGGAUGCAAGAAGAAGAAAUGUUGGCAAACCUAUGUUCACAUUUAAGGAAGCACCAAAAGUAUCACCUAACCCAGAGUUGCUGAACCUCCUCAACAGGAGUGAUAAGAAACUGGGUUUUGAGUCAGGACCUGAGGAAGACUAUCUUAGCCUUGGGGCUGAGGCUUGUAAUUUCCUCCAGCCUCAACGUGUUAAACACAAGACUCCUCCACCAGUGGCUCCAAAGCCUAUGAUCAAUCCCAACUCUCCUCCUUGGUCCCCACAGGGAGAAAUGACCAACCAGGACAUGCCUCAGCAGGCUGAAAAUAGUGUAUCCACACCUGCUGUAGCCCCCACCGCAGAGAAUACCCCUGCUCCAGAACUAGAGCCAACCCCUGCACCUGCCACUGAGCCCUCUCCCCCUGCUGCCCUGCAGGAGGCUCCUGCCAGCACCACUACAGAGGAACCACACACAUGGACUGUCCCAGAGCCUGAAUCCCAUCAGCAGCAAGUAACAGCUCAGGAAGAAAAUGGUCACAUAAAUUCUAACCCACAGCCUGAGAGUUCUCCUGUGAAUUCCUGGGUUCCAGCACAAACACAAGCACAACAACAGCCAUCCACUGUUUCAUGGCAUCCAGCUCAAGUGCAGCCUCAGGAGCCACAUCCAAGUCAGUCCCCACCGCAGCCAGCAAGGGUUGCACAUCAGCCUUCUCAUACCCAAGUGCAGCCUCAGCCCCCAACAAACACUUGGACUCCUCAAAUUCAGACAUCCUGGAAUCAGCCUCAAGAGCAAGCACAAGCCCAGACAAAUGUUCAACCACCCUGGGCAAAGCCACAAGAGCAAUCACAAGCCCAGACACAUGUUCAACCACCCUGGGCCCAGCCACGAGAGCAAUUACAGCCUCAACCACAGGUUCAGCAACCCUGGAUGCAGUCUCAUGAACAGCCACACGUACAGCAAAUGCAACCAACCUGGGGUCAACCUCAACAACCAAUGGAGCAGCAACCCCAAGCCCCAUGGGCACAGCCAUCACAACCAGACACUCAACAUCAACCACCAUGGGUGCAUCAACCACAACAAAAAUCCCAAGUGCAACCUCCUUGGGCUCAACAAGUUCAGCCGGAAAGCCAGCCACAACCACCAUGGGUUCAGCCAACACAGCAUCAGGCCCCACAACAGGCAUGGUCACAGGCCCAUGCACCAGGUCAGGUUCAACCACCGUGGGUCUCGGCUCCACCUCAGUCUCAGCCUCAGCCUCAGCCUCAGCUUCAGCCUCAGCCUCAGCUUCAGCCUCAGCCUCAGCCUCAGCCUCAGCCACAUCCUCAUCCUCAUCCUCAGUCUCAGCCUCAGCCUCAGUCUCAGCCUCAGCAGCAACAGCAACCUUCAAUUAAUGCAUGGCCUUCAUCACAAACUCAAGUUCAACCUCAGCCCCCUUGGAUCCAAGCAGCCCAAGCACAACCUCCAACACACCCUGCAGCCAAUUUAAAUCCAUGGGCACCAGUACCUGCCCAGGCUCAGUCUCAACCAACAUGGGCCCAACAUUCUCCAGAACAUGGACAGCCGCCCAUGAAUUCCUGGGGACCAGAGCAAAAUCAGGCACAACAUCACACACCAUGGGCUCAAUCAGUUCCUCCACAGCCCACACCACAACAAAAUUGGCAACAGCCGAUUUCAAAGACUCCACCACAGUCACCGAUGAAUACCUGGCCUCAAGCUCAGACACAACCUCAGACACCUGCGAACGCUUGGGCACCACAGUCACAGCAAGCACCUGUGAAUGUUGCAACAUCAAUGGUAAACACUCAACCCUCUCCAAAACCUUGGCUUCCACCUCAAAACGCUUCACAAAACCGGAGCCCACCACCGCCACCACAGCGAGUCAAUUCUUUUACAGUUGGCCAAAGAGAUUCGUCACCUAUCAACCCCAUGGCCACUGUCUUUAACCCAUCGCCCUCUGGUUCAGCUUUUGAGAUGCCAGCAGUCAAAGGAAAAGGAGCAGAUAUGUUUGCCAAGAGGCAGUCUCGUAUGGAGAAGUUUGUUGUGGACUCUGAGACUGUGGAAGCAAACAAGGCAAGCCGAUCAACAUCCCCAACUCCCUCCUUACCAAAUGAGUGGAAAUAUACUCCCAAUGUACGUGCUCCACCUUCACGGGCUUAUAAUCCUAUUCAGUCCCCUUCUUAUCCCCCAGCAGCAACAAAACAGCCCCCUCCAGGUAGUCCUUCAAGCAAAUCCAAGAAAAAAGGCAAAGAUAAACAAAAGCCUGCCCCCAAACCCCUCAGUGUUAUAGACGUCAUGAAGCAUCAACCCUAUCAGCUCAAUUCUUCACUAUUUACCUUUGGCCCGGCAGCAGAGGCUGCCAAGCCCCCUGUACCUAAACCUGACUGUUCACCUCCUCACCCACCUAUUGAAAACCAACCAAUUCAAUAUGAGCAAAUGGCCCCCAUCCAGCCAGCUGGACCAUUUAAUGCCCCAUAUCCCCAGCAGGCCUACGGGAUGCCCAUGCAACCUAUGGUGCAUGAUGGCCAAUACCAGCAAACUCCAGCUAAUGUUUAUCCUCCCUCCAAUCCUUAUCAGCAACCUCCUGGUGGUCCAUACCAGCAAGCAUAUAACCAACAAUAUCAACAACCUGUCCCACCUGCUUACCAACCCCAAGCGCCUCAGUCUCCAAACGCUCCCUACCAGUUACCCCAGGUCCCCUACCAACCAGCCAAUAGUCCCCCCUACCUGGCAGCUCCCUCAGUACCUUACCAGCAGCAGCAGCAGCCCCCCAGUAGCUAUGUUGCUCCUAGUUUCCCUGUAGCUGCAAGGCCUGAAUGUGCAUCAGGUGGCAACACUGUAGCUGUAGCUGCUCCAAAACCUAAGUUUACAGCUAAAAAGAGCUCAGCUCAGGUGUGGAAGCCUAUGGCAGUUGAGAAAGAGUAAUUCUGGUAGGAUUACAACAUGCUUUGUUGUCUGCUUGAAUCACAUCGAGGUUUGAUGCUCUCUAGUCCGCUGUCAAGUGGAAUAUUUUGCACACAAACUUACCUUUA